GAGACUCUGUCUCAAUCAAUCAAUCAAUCAGUCAAUCAAUCAAUAAAAAUAAAUUUUUAAAAGGAGAGAAGUCUUCUUAAAAACCAGUUAUUUACCCCAUCAUUAAGUUAUAAUGAACUUUCUCGUGGGAAUUCUUUGAUAAGGAAGCUCCUUUACGCUGAAGUUUUAUUCUUUUCAUACCUCUUUAGAUAAGUCAGUGUUUUGGGAGCAUAUGUCAUAUGACUCAAUGGCAAUGUUCUAACUUGGAUUCUAGCUCCACAUUGUGCAAAGGCAAAAAACCAGUCAGUGUGGUGGUUAAGAACUUAUGUUCUGCUGUUUGAUUUCCCGCAUUCCAGUCCUCCCUCCACUGCCUGCAGUCUUCCUGACGUGGGGCAAGUUCCUUUUGUAAACUCUGUGUUCUAGGGGGAUAGUGGUAGAAGAAGGAUGGUGAUUUGAGCCAGGCAGUAGCCGGUGGAGUUGGAGAAAAGUGGUCAAACCCUGAAUGAACGUUAAAGAAAUCAUGAGUGGAGGAUCUCAAGUCCACAUUUUUUGGGGUGCUCCAGUUGCUCCACUGAAAAUGACAGUAUCACAAGACACAGCUUCUUUAAUGUCUGUUGCUGACCCCUGGAAAAAAAUUCAGCUUUCAUGCAGUCAACAUUCUUUAUAUCGGAAGGAUGAAAAACAGCACAACAAUCUUGAAAACUGUGAAGUCCCGGAAUCUAUUGGUUCUCCAGAUCUUCUUAGUGGUCAUUUCUUAACAAACUGUAUGAAUGGACAUGUUCAUGUGAAAGAUGACUUUGUACAUUCUGUUUCUGAAACACAGAAUAUAGAAUCCCAGAAGAUUCACUCCUCUAGACUGAGUGAUGUAACUAGCUCUGAUAUGCAAAUACGUGGAUUUAAAAGCGCAGUUCUGCAUUUAACUAAAGAAGAAAAGUAUCAAAAGCUUCUCAGUGAAAAUAAAAUUAUAGAUGAACAGCCUAAACAUCAGUCAGAUAUAUGUGGUCAGAACUUUAACACAAAUUUGUGUCAGUUAAGCCAUAAGUGUGCAGCUAUGUUGGAUUUGGUUUGUAGUACUGAACAAAUUAAUAUAGGGCCUGAAGUGGUACAAAGAGAGGGUGUGCCGACAGAAUAUCAUGAAAUACAAAACCAGUGUUUGGGAUUAUUUUCCUCGAACGCAGUAUAUAAGCCAAAGUCUGAAGAAGCAGUUAGGAAGGUCUCAGACCUUAAAAUAUCAACUGAUACUGAAUUUCUCAGUAUAAUUACCUCCAGCCAGGUUGCUUUUUUAGCUCAAAAGAAAGAUAAAGGGCGGAGUCCUAUAAAUAAAGGGAAUGCAAACAUGGAGACUGAACCAAAGGCAAGUUACGGGGAGAUAAGAAUACCUGAAGAGAAUUCGAUUCAGCUUGAUGAUUUUACAGAUGCAUAUGAAAGUGAACAAAACCAAGCAUAUUCCCUUGAACUUUUUAGUCCUGUUUGUCCUAAAACAGAAAAUAGCCACAUUCACAUAAACUCUGAUAAAGGUCUUGGAGAAAAUACAGGAUCUCAAGAACUUUUCAGUUCUAAAGAUGAACUGCCACCAAAUGAGAUACGUAUUGAGUUGUGUAGCUCAGGAAUACUGUGUUCCCAGCUAAAUACCUUCCACAAAAGUGCUACUAAGAGAAGCUGCACCUCUGAAGAUAGGGUGGGCCAGUCUGAAGCUCUGUCUAGAGUCCUUCAAGUAGCUAAGAAAAUGAAGUUGAUUUCUAAUGCAGGAGAUUCUGCUGUAGAAGUGGAUCAGAGGAAUGUGUCUGAAUUUAAGGGUAUUAAAAAAACGUCAUUAAUAAAAAACUGUGAUUCUAAAAGCCAGAAGUAUAAUUGUUUAGUCAUGGUGCUAUCUCUAUGCCAUGUGAAGGAAAUAAACAUAAAAUUCGGACCAAAUUCUGGCUCUAAAGUGCCUUUAGCAACAGUUACAGUAAUUGAUCAAUCAGAAACUAAGAAGAAAGUUUUUCUGUGGAGGACUGCAGCAUUUUGGGCAUUUACAGUGUUUCUUGGAGAUAUAAUUUUACUCACAGAUGUUGUUAUUCAUGAGGACCAAUGGGUUGGUGAGACAGUACUACAAUCAACAUUUAGCAGUCAGUUAUUGAAUCUUGGGAGUUAUUCAUCUAUUCAGCCUGAAGAAUAUUCCAGUGUAGUUAGUGAUGUUGUACUUCAAGACUUACUGGCAUAUGUGUCCUCAAAACAUUCCUACCUCAGAGAUCUUCCUCCGAGGCAGCCUCAGAGGGUGAACAGUAUAGACUUUGUAGAAUUGGAGCACCUUCAGCCUGAUGUAUUAGUCCACGCGGUACUAAGAGUUGUUGAUUUCACUGUACUGACAGAGGCAGUAUACAGUUAUAGAGGACAGAAGCAGAAAAAAGUUAUGUUAACAGUGGAACAGGCCCAAGAUCAACAUUAUGUGCUUGUAUUAUGGGGUCCUGGAGCAGCCUGGUACCCUCAACUUCAAAGGAAAAAAGGUUAUAUUUGGGAAUUUAAAUAUCUUUUUGUUCAGCGCAAUUACACACUAGAAAACCUAGAGUUGCAUACAACGCCUUGGUCAUCCUGUGAGUGCUUGUUUGAUGAUGAUAUAAGGGCAAUUACAUUUAAAGCAAAAUUUCAAAAAAGUACACCCUCCUUUGUGAAGAUAUCAGACUUAGCAACCCACCUAGAGGAUAAGUGUUCAGGAGUGAUUCAAAUUAAAGCCCAGAUUUCAGAGCUGGCAUUUCCUAUUACAGCAACUCAGAAGAUAGCUCUAAAUGCUCACAGUUCUCUGAAGAGUAUUUUCUCUUCUCUUCCCAACAUUGUAUAUACUGGCUGCGCAAAAUGUGGAUUGGAACUAGAAACAGAUGAGAACAGGAUCUAUAAACAGUGUUUUAGCUGCUUGCCAUUUACUAUGAAGAAAAUAUACUAUAGGCCAGCCUUAAUGACUAUAGUUGAUGGAAGACAUGAUGUUUGCAUCCGUGUAGAAUCAAAGCUGAUAGAGAAGAUUCUUCUGAACAUUUCUGCAGACUGCCUCAACAGAGUGAUAGUUCCUUCCUCAGAGAUCACCUAUGGGAUGGUCGUGGCAGACCUGUUCCACUCCUUGUUGGCAGUCAGCGCAGAACCUUGUGUAUUGAAGAUUCAGAGCCUUUUUGUGUCAGAUGAAAACAGCUAUCUAUUACAACAAGAUUUCUCCCUCCUGGAUUUUUAUCCUGACAUUGUAAAGCAUGGAGCCGAUGCCCUUCUCUGAGGCCAGAGGAAGAAAUUGCAGACAUUUCAAGGAAGAAGUACUGAAAUGAUUUGUCUUUUGAAAUAAAUGAAUGACAGGAUUUUUGCUUUGGAUUUUUUAUUAAAUAUAUUUUACAAAGAGAAUUGCAGUAGAUAUAUAAAUUAAAACUUUUUUCUAAGAAAAUCCUGUGAGGUUUAAAAAGAUUGUUUUUGUUUUUUUGGUUUCUUCCUUUCUUCUGGAGAAAUGAUCUAUCAGUCAAGGCAAUAUGUAGCCGAUCCCUGGGAAUUAAAGGUUUGCCCAUUUGUUCACUGUGUUUAGUCCCUGCUGCAUUCCAGGCAUUGUACUAAGUAUGGGGAACUACAUGGAAGACAUUCCCUCAGAAACUGCUGCAGUGCUUUUGCUUAUCCCUACCUAAAAAACCGUCAAAUCAUUUCCUUGAUUAUAACUAUACAUGGUAAUGGAUUAGUUUAUAUAAACCUAUGUUUAGACAAGUUCAAAACAAGCGUGUCUUUCUAUAAAAAGCUUUGAAAAUGAAGGAAAUGAGAUCAUGUUUCAAUUUAUUAAAGCAGGGAAGAGCGUUCUGUGGUUAGUUCGUGUCUAGGAUUUGAGUGCCUUACUGAGUGUAUUUACCAGCAAACAUGUAGCAAUCGGUUCUCUCAUUGUGAUGGUAGAAGCUCAUGUAAAAUGGUAGUCAUUAAUGAGGAAGUAUGGAGUGGUACUUAUUCUGUAAGUUCAGAGUAUGCCAAGUGUUAAUAUAUUCUCAUAUUGCCUGAAAAUAAAUUUAUGAUGACAUGAACAAG